UGUUCGGUCGCUCGUUGCAUCUGACCGCGGAGGGUCGCAUACUUGAAGCCUUAUCUGGUACCUAAGGUCCUGGCAUCAUCUGCAUCCUUCGAUACCGCUUGAACAACGUGGAUUGAAUUAAUUACGAGGGGACUGACCUCCCCGAGGAGGUCAUCCCGAUCGCACCCUACGGCCGAAAUGUCUGUACGUCGCGACGCGAGAUGGCACCGUGACUCAGGACCGGAGAUCAUCGCCCAACGAUGCGGCACUCCAGGCUUAGGAGUCGGGCAGGAUGCUCCUUAUAGUCGCUCAGGGCAACAACAGGCACGACGACGAUGGCGGCGCAAAGGUCGACCGUGGAUUGGCAGUGCUGGGUUGAUGUUCAUAGUGCUGUUGAUAUCGUGGAUACCUCCGACCUACGCUGCCUUGUUGAAUUUUGAGAACUGCUUGGAUGCCGCCGUAAUCGAAUCAAACCCACUACAGCUGCAGUUCGUCCCGUUUGAUGUGUCCGUCGUUUUCGAUCUAGAGAACUCUCUUCAUCCUCUAAACAUAUCGGUUUAUGGUAACGUCUCAGGAACUGCUAAUGGGGAGUCCUAUCCAGCCCCGGAUGAUCCCCAGUGGUCGAACCCGAACGAUACCGUAGGAAAGAUUGUGGACGUGGACAUAGCUAAUGAUAAGCGCUCAACCCUUCUGCCUUUCAUCGACGUUCUCAGUUUUUCUCCCUAUCAUGAAGCGUCGGCAUUCUGUGACUCGGUCUUUCAGGGGGCUUGUCCUCUAGGUCCCGUCUUCUACGUCAACUCGUCGGACCUGUCUGCUUUGCGCGCCUUCUCUCUUGCGCAUGAUAUGCUAUCUUCGUACCGCUUCUCGACAUUGUCAUCGAGACUUGUGAUUAAAUCUGGCGACAAAGCGGCUACGGAGCUCGGUUGUAUCUCUGUGGACAUUACCCCGGACCUUGGAAUAUCGCUGAGGAACACGUUAUCCUAUGUUCCCCUCGUGAUCCUUCUUCUGGUAGGAAUCGCUACUGUGACGGCGGCGAUCUAUAGCCCCUGGGGCACCACUGAUCCUUUCCAUUGGACUAGCAACUACGGUCGUGAUGAGGAUGUUCUGCGACUUGUGACUCCUGGUUUUGGAGACUGCCUACAGUACAUUCAGUUUGCAGUGCUAACCGGCUCCCUAACGCUUAACUAUCCUGGUUUUUACCAGCCUGUGCUUAGCCAAGUUGCUUGGUCCGUACUCAUGUUCAACCAGAGUUUCUUGGACCCUGGAAGGGAGCAAAUGCCCGUGAAAGAUGGCGUUUAUACCGUCAAUGCUACGUACGGAUUGGACAGGUUGGAUCGGUAUGUCGGCAUGCCUGCAGCGCGUGAUAUCUGGCCAGGAAUGAUGGUUUGGCUACUUGUCAUUGUGGUAGCGAUCACGCUACUGAUCCAGGUAGCUUUUGGGCUGCGGUUGCUCCAUCGUACGAUCGCCAAUAAUCCGGAAGAGGACCUUCGUUCCAAAAACAUGCCCUUUACAGUCGGGAACAUCAUCCGGAUCGUCUUCAAUUAUCUACUUCUACCGCUUGUCUCGAUAUCAUUUUUCCAGCUGGUUAUUGCUGGCGAAUCCCCCGCAUACUCUGUUGCCCUAGCAGUUGUGGUCAUGGUGAUCUUGGUAGCCUUUUCUCUCUGGACAGUCCGGCUGAUUGCAACUACUCGUCCCAAGUCCUACCUCUUCGAUGACCUUUCGACCGUGCUCCUCUACGGCCCGCUCUAUAACACUUUUUGUGAUGAUGCAGCCGCCUUCGCUUUGGUUCCAAUCUUCCUAACUUUCGUUCGUGGGAUUGCGAUUGGGGCGCUGCAGCCAUCCGGCAUUGCCCAAAUCGUGCUGCUCGCCAUUUGCGAGGUAGUGUCGAUUCUAACACUAAUCGCCUUCAAACCAUUCCCAUCGCCAACCUCGAUGAACCUCUACCAUGCAUGUUUCUCCAUCGUUCGAUUCCUAACUAUCUUGCUCAGCGUCGUUUUUGUCCCUUCCUUGAGCAUCUCCCAAGCCGCUCGAGGUUGGAUCGGCUAUACCAUCCUUUUCUUGCAUGCGCUGGUCAUGGUUUUUGGCUUCUUUCUGAACGCUUUGCAAACCCUUAUCGAGGUCAUUGCGCGACUCGCUGGUGCGGGAGGCUACGAUGGGGGGGUUACUCGAGGUGGCCUUGUUAAGGUUUUCGGUAUGCGACAGCUGUCACGGCGCGUGCCCAGACAAAGUGUCGCCACUCGUCAAAGCAUGGGCUCCGAAGCUGCGAUGCUAGCACACACAGAUGAUCGGUUAUCCUCGCAGUUUGAUGGAUCCAGACCUCGGAGUCUUUCGGGAAGCUCAGCCAUGCUUUUGAACCGAGCCGGUGCAAGUGAAGGGCGAGCUAGCGCGAUUUUCGACUCGGGGAGUGCGCACGGAGGAACGCAUAGUCGAGCGAACAGCAGCGGGUUUUUCACGCCCUCGACACCAGGAGGAUUUGCUGCUGCAGGGUAUCAAACUCCGGGAAGCAACUCUCCCAAGAGCGGCCCCGUCUUUCCUAUGCAUCCACAUGACCCUUACUACCGACCUCCUAGGCCCCGCAAGAAGGUCGUAGAUAUGGGAACUGCUGGGGAGAAGGGUAGGGCAUCACGGCACACGCAAAGGUCAGCAAGUUAUGGGGAGACAGAUGAUGAUAUCAUCGAAGGACCCUCGAUCUCUGGCAGAGGCACGCCUAUUCCCGCGUAUAUCCCCGCACCCAAAGAUGACCUCGAUCUUGACGACCCCCGGCAGUCAAGGAAGGAUUAUGCAGUCCGUGAAGUCGACUUCUACUACCGAGUACGAGGACCGCCAUUAUCUCAGUCGGGCACUCGCAAGUUGAAGACGGGCCCGGCUGAUCCCACGGGCCCCGUAUCUUCUGCCACAGGGUUUUUCCGCAGCCUUUUCAGGGGAAAGACCAAGGAGAAAGGGAAAGGCUUCGAAGUUGUGCGCAGUAGCAGAGCGCCACCGCCUGGUCUUUUUCCUGAAGGUGAAGACUUCCAUGAUGACCCUGAGCCCUACAGAGACGAACUGGACGACCAGGGCACUGCAGGGGAGACUCAUGAGGGCUCGGAAUCAGAUGCCCAAUACCACGAUUCAGAUGGGGAGGGUAACGAGAGACCUACGGAGGCGCAGAUUGUUCUGCCAAAGGUAGAAACAGGCGGCGAUAUCGAGCUCCCGAGUCGUGUGGGCUUCCAGCAUAGCUCCCAGUCGCCCUCUUCUGCUCGACAAGGUACCGGACGACAGGGCUCUAUAGGAUCCUUGGCUCCGGAAGAGCAGGAUUUGGCGCAAAAGUCCCUCUCGGCGGUAACGGAGACGGCUAUUGGGGAAUCAGCUGAGCUCAGUCAUAGGCAAGAACCAUCGGUUCAUCCUUCUAAUCAGCUUCACCCCUCAGCUUCGGUCACCAGUCGGCUCCCAUUCAGUGCCACCAGCUCACCUUCUCGAGAUCGCAAUUUCUCCAUUGCCUCGACGUCUGCUUCCACGACGUCCAGCCGUCGGGUCAAUGAUGGAAGUGCCCGGGUUGAGCGUCCGUCCAGCAUGGGCUACGUUGCGCAGUUCCGCACUCAGGAUAAUAUCCACGAAGCCAGCCCGGAUGAGCCGUCGUUUGCGGGCAGCGCCGCCGAGCUGGUGGACGAGGUGCACCAUGCCGGGGAGGCACGCUGAAGAUGACGAAUUUCUUUUCCUAUCUGUGUCAUCCUCAAAAACAAUUUUGUGCAGGAGUUUGUGAUAUAUGGGUUGGAUUUCCGUUACAUAUGCAAUCGGAUCCUGCAGCAUUCUGCUGGCCAGCGUGUCUCAAUUUUCCGUUUUCUCUCUUCUUAUAUUUAUCUUUGUCUCCUAUCCAGCUCUCCUGUCCCAAUCUCCUUGCUCAUGCAUUGUGGCCGAGGUCACCGUAUCCGCCCAGCCCGGGUCGGGACCGGCCGUUUAUUAUUAUUAUUCUUUUUUUCUUCGCAAUCCCAGCGUCGCAUUUUGUAUAGGUUGGCGGUUUCUUUUCAUGUAUGGAAUAUUAGGCAAUAGUUCUAUUUAACUAUAAUGGGUGGGCCUUGGAGGCCAGGAGUGUGCGACAA